AUCCCAUAAUACGUUUAUCAUCGAGCCACAAUUGUUCAGCAUCGGUAAUACAAGCUUCACUCUUCUUCAUAAACUCCCAGGUUGGACAUUGCCCAGUGUCAAAAUGAAGUUGUUCUUCGCAUUCGCCAUUAUUGUCAUCGCCUUGACCGUCGUCUACGGCGCCCCUGAUCCCUGGAACGAGUACAAGAUCAAACACGGCAAAAAAUUCGGCGCAUCUGAUGAUGCCCAGCGCAAGAAAAACUUCCUCGCCACGGAUGACAUCAUCAAGAAACACAACAGCCAGAAAAAUGUGAUGUAUCAGCUUGGACACAACCAAUUCUCCGACAUGACGGCCGCUGAAUUGAGUCAAUAUCGAGGGGCAGUCAAACCCGCAGGUCAAGCCCGAUCAUUGGAGCCGAUGGUGACAUUUAAUAUGGAAACUAGAGCACUUCCCACCAGCUUGGACUACCGCACACACGCUUGUUUGGCGCCAGUUAAAAAUCAAGGACAGUGUGGCAGUUGCUGGGCUUUUAGCGCAAUUACUCCACUCGAGUUUGCCCGGUGUAAGAAGUAUGGCUCCCUCGUCACUUUGAGCGAACAACACUUGGUCGACUGUGACCCAUACGACAAAGGCUGCAACGGCGGAUGGUACACCAACGCUUGGAAUUACCUCAAAAAUGGGGCCCUUGGAUCUGCCAAACAGUCGCUCUACACGUACACUGCCACGAAAAAUACUUGCAAGUUCACCUCCUCCAUGAUCGGAGCCAAGAUUGCAUCAUACGGUGACCUUCCAGCGCUCAACGCCGCCAAUAUGCAAUCAGUUCUGCAGACCUACGGUCCUCUUGCGGUGGCCAUCACCGUCACCAAUUCUUUGUAUUCAUACGCGGGCGGUAUCUACAAUGACGUCGCGUGCGACAAUCUGCCAGUCAAUCACGGUGUGGUCGUCGUCGGCUGGGGAACCGCUAACGGAAUUCCCUACUGGAUCGUCCGCAACUCGUGGGGAACCGGAUGGGGCCAGGCGGGUUACGUUUACAUCCAGCGCGGAGUCAACAAGUGCAGAAUCGAGCAAUAUCCCGCUGUAAUUACAGCAGUCGUUUAAAAAGAACUUUUUCUUCUUUCCCCCAUCAUCUAAACCCGUUGCCGGUUCGUACAUUUUAUCACUCCUAUUACGUCCACGUACUCUUGUUCGCAAUUAAUAAUUUCUUAUUGUGAGAGUGUAUGGACCCGCAAUUGGAAGAGGUGGGGUUAUAUACUUAUAUUCUAUGGUGAAUUGGGAUUUCAAUACAUUUGGGUUACAUCAGCAA